AUAUCAACGCGUAGGAAGGGCUAGAAUUCGAUCACCACCAUGUUUAAGCUACUCGGAGGUUUGAAGCAGUACUUCAAACUUCAGGAAAUCCAAACGGACAAUAUAGUGUUCCGGCUACACAACACCUUCACCACCGCGCUGCUACUCGCGUGCAGCUUAAUCAUCACCGCCACACAGUAUGUCGGCAAUCCGAUCAGCUGCAUCGUUGGCGGCGUUCCGGCCCACGUCGUCAACACGUUCUGCUGGAUUUCGAGUACCUUUACCAUGCCGGACGCAUUCCGCAGACAGGUUGGACGUGAAGUGGCACAUCCCGGCAUUUCGAACGAUUUUGAUGACGAAGAUGCGAAGAAAUACUACACCUACUACCAGUGGGUUUGCUUUGUGCUGUUCUUCCAGGCUAUCGCUUGUUACACUCCAAAGUUCAUUUGGGACGCCGUCGAAGGCGGUUUGAUGCGAAUGAUUGUGAUGGGACUGAAUAGAGGUGCGUGCAAGGAGCAGGAAAAGUGUGCCAAAAAGCAGAUACUGCUAGACUACUUGCUGACUCACCUCAGGCGGCACAAGGUUUAUGCUAUCCGGUACUGGAUCUGUGAGGCGCUUUGCUUUAUCAACAUCGUGGUGCAGCUGUGGCUGAUGAAUCGCUUCUUCAACGGUGAAUUCAUCUCGUACGGUUGGGACGUUCUGCAGUACUCGGACCAGCCACAAGAACAGCGGGCCGAUCCUAUGGUGUUUGUGUUCCCGCGCGUCACCAAGUGUAACUUCUACAAGUAUGGUGCGUCCGGAUCGAUCCAAAAGCACGACGCGAUGUGCAUUUUACCGCUUAACAUCGUCAACGAGAAGACGUACAUCUUUAUCUGGUUUUGGUAUAUUAUUUUGGCCUCCUUUUUGGCGGGGCUAAUCGUGUACAGAGCUGUCAUCAUUUUUGUGCCUGCGGUGCGAUCGAAGCUACUGAACGCACGUAACCGGAUGGUAUCUCGGAAUGUCGCGAAAACCAUUUCGGCCCACCUGGACGUUGGAGACUGGUGGAUUGUGUAUAUGCUCGCGCGAAACCUCGACCCAAUCAUAUUCAAGGACGUAGCAACGGAGCUGGCGAAACGUAUCGAGUUGACCGAUGCGGACGAAAACGAUCAGAAUGAAAAGAAACGAAUGCACUAG